AUGUCCGACGCAUCCAACCCGCUCGCCACAGGUCUCUCAUCAGCAAUCAGCGACACACCAUUCCCAUUCCCAUUCCCAUUUCCCAGCAUCCCAGACACAGAUCCAGACGAGCCCGACUCAGAGCCUGAUAUUGUCAUAUAUAUUUUUGAGCCUGUGCAAGAAGCGACCAGUGAGCUGGUGAUUGACUCUUCGGUUUUGACCUCGGAAUACACGGCGAUAACGACGGCCUUGAGCACGGCGACGGAUGAGCUAGUAGUGACGACGGCAGCGAGAACAACGUCUGCGUUGGGAUCUGUAGAGUCGUCCGUGUAUAGCUCGAUAUGGAUCAAUGAAAUCUACACCGAUACGGACACCGUUUCAGACACCAAUACCAACAUCGAUGCUGCAAUCGGCGCUGGAAUCGGCGCUGACGCCAGUAGUUUCAUCCUUCAAAACCUCGAUCCGGAGCUCAUUGCAGACACCGUUACAAUCAUCGAUGCAGACACCAGCUCCAUCAUCAGUAGAAUCAAAGGAACAUACAUCGAUACGGACACCAUUCCAGACCCCAUUCCAGACACCAAUACCAACAUCCAUGCUGAAAUCGGUACUGACAUCGGCGUUGACUCCAGUAGAUUCUUCCAUCAAAACCUCGAUCCGGAGCUCAUUGCAGACACCAGCUCUUUCAUCAGUGGGGUCAACAAAAUACACGUCGAUACGGACACCAUUGCAGACACCAAUACCAUCACUGCAGACACCAGCUCCACACCAGCUCUAACAUUGAUAGAUCCAACAGAAUACACAUCGAUACCGACACCAUCGCAGACACCAACACCACCAUCUAUACAACCUUCCAUUCAAACAACACCACCACCACCACCCUCACAAACAUCACCAAUCAACAUGCCAAACCCCACUGCAGCAAACGCCAACGAGACAAACGCACCCGACACCGCAUCAAAUGCCGUUGCACAACAUGCGAAUCAAAGCCAACUGUCCAGCGGCCUGAUCGCAGCUAUUGGCGUAGUCCUCUUCUUUGUCGGCUUCUUCGCCGGUCUAGCCGUGUACUGCUGCCUCAGCAGACGGGCUAGAAAACGUGCGACGGCGAAGGAUACCGGGGAUGUAGAGCAGUCGCGAGUCUAUCAUGGUUCGAAUGCGCGCGACUCGAGAGGAUCGAUGCAGUCCCAUGAAACGUCGUCGUCGUCUAGGAGGAGGUCGUCUUUGAGAGGAGGGCACGUGGUUCAAGGACGUGGAGACGAGCUUGAUAAGCACGCAACAAGAUUUUACAGUCCUGUCAUUCAAGCACACAAUCUUCAUCUCACCACCCAGGCCAACGGCCCGGAGUCAAGGAACGAGGCCUGGGGUCAAGACACCUACACAUUGCCACCGAUCGCCGAGCAGCCACAGUUCUCGAUGCCCAAACAGACGGGGGACUCCCGCAGAAGUGUUUCCGCCGAGAGCGAAGUGGACCCAUACUGGCCCAACGUGCCUGGAACCUCAUCUCGUUCAAAAUACGCCAGGACGACAAAAAAGUCCACCGGUUCAAGUAAAUACUCGCGCCCGGCAUUUGGAAGCAUGAGAAGGAGUAUGGGUAGAUUCGCGAGUCGAGGUAGUAAUGCACGUAGUGGCAGCGAAUACUCCCAACCGUCGAGCAUUCAGAAUGCAAGCCUGAGGCCUGAGUCUGAUGUGCUCAGAGACUAG